AUGGCAAAAGGAUGUGUUAUUCAAUUACUGAUGCAGUUAUUACUGUUGGAGGGCUUGUGUUGGCACAGAUGUGAGGGCCGGCGAACACCAGUGUUCUCAGCGUCAAUGCCGGGCAGAUGUCCUUCACCUCCGUGUGAGUGCACCGCCGAUGACCUGAACCGGAAACAAGUCACGUGUUCGCCGGGCAAUCUCACAUCCAUUCCCGUCGACAAAAUGGAUAAAUCAAUUCAAGUCCUCAACAUAACGGCCCCUCAAAGUAAUGUCAAUCACAUAACUCUGGGAAGAAUAUUCUUAGACUUAUACCAAUUAGAAGAAGUACACAUCACUUAUAGCAAUUUGCCGGCAAUCGGCGACUCGUCCUUCUGGCCGGGAACAGCUCUGCGACUCUUGAAUCUAAGCCACAACAGCAUUACGAUCGUUAGGGACAGCGAUUUCAAUCGGUUGGACAGUUUGACAACACUAGACCUGAGCGACAAUCACCUGUCGAGAGCCCCGUCGGCCGCCUUUCGUCAUCUCACAAAUUUAACAUCACUUUCAUUGGCUCGCAAUCGGUUCGCAAAACUGGUUCCGCGACUCUUCUUCAAACUCGAGAGACUGGAAGUGUUAGAUCUGAGCGGAAAUCCGUUGCGCGAAAUACACGGCGAAGACUUUAAAGACAUUAGAAAUCUAACGGCUCUUAAUCUAUCGAAAUGUCGUUUAGAGAAACUCCACUCAAUUGUAUAUAAAGGUCUCCCAAACCUAACAUAUCUUGAUUUAAGUGAUAAUCAGUUCAUGUAUUUGCCGUCACAUGAGUUCAGUUUACUCACGAGUCUACGAGUGCUUCGGCUAAACGGCAACAAAAUAUCUGUUUUGUUAGACAAUACGUUUAGUGGCCUCCAAGGACUGGACCUUUUGGAUCUGUCCAACAAUCACAUCAAUGCGAUGUAUUCGUGCACUUUUUGCAACACAUCCAUCAGUAAACUGGAUAUUUCGCAAAACAUGUUCACAUCAUUUCAGUCCAAAAUUCUGGAGCCGUUGUCGGACUCGUUGACAACACUGGAGGCCCACUCGAGCCGACACCUGAUCGACUCGACGGCGAGCGUCGCUUAUCUCAUACAACCGCUCAAGAGAUUACAGCAUUUGUCGCUCGCAUUCAACUCAUUGGACGACACGAUCAUUGACUCCGCUUUCUAUAACUUGGAUUCAUUGCUCUCAUUGAAUAUGUCUUAUAAUAAAUUCGCGAAUAUAAGCGCCCGACUCUUCACACCACUCAUUAACCUCCGGAGUCUGGAUCUGUCGCACAACCGGAUCUUCGGUUUGGGGUAUCCGGUGUUCGCACAGAUCAACGCUCUGAGCAAACUGGAGGCCGUCUACUGGAACGACAAUCCCUGGUCGUGCUAUAGGUGUCAUAUAAUGGCUGCCGUCGAUUGGUUGGACACAUCGCCGACGCCGUACUUCAAUGUGUGUCACCGAUACUCGAAGGAGGAAUCGCGGCUCAAAUACUGCAUUAAGUGCUCGACGCCCGCAAAGUUGGGCCAAAAAUAUCUACACCUUCUCAACGAGUUUGAUCUCGAGUGGUGUUCCGACCCCAGGGUUCAGCUCAGACUGACCGCCUCUGAGCCGCAGAUUGGACUCAUUUUAGCCAUUUUUAUCAUAUUGUCGUUACUGUUUGUCAUAAUAGCGGUGAUUGUGUUUUACCGAAAACAGGGAGCAGUUUAUUACACCCACGAAGACGACCGAUACUUCGAGGAGAAGAUCCCGGUGCCCGCAGUCUUCAGUGUGGCCGCCAAUACUGCUGUCAAACAGCCCAUCCAUUGUCACGUCCAGCCGCCGCCCUUUCAGCCCCAACCCCCUCCUCAGCCCCCAUCGCCUCACUCUUCGCCCACCAUUACAUCGUCAUUGAUCUCAAAGCCCGAGUCACCCAAAGCUGGUCCGUCAGCCAUGACAACAGCCACGACCACAACAACAAUGCGAAUCAUACGACCAAAAGUCCAAAUCUAUAUUUAG